GUGCUUGCGAGUCCAUGUUUGUAGCAGAGAGAUCACUGAUGAUCUACAGCAGUUCGCGACGUCUCUAGCCAUUUGCCAGAGAAGGGCCGUGUUGGAUGUGGUUUGGGAAGGAAGUGGCGCCGCUGUCCAUACUACACAGUUCCCAAAGAGGCGGCGCUCCUAUGGCACAUAUUCAUCGAGGGCAGGCGCAUCCUCGCAAAGCCCAUGCAAUCAUCUAUAAUUCCCUUUUUCCACUAGCGGACGCUGCUGUUCCUCGAUUGUAUACUGAGUCGGUCUUAUGCAUCGUAGAAGAAAGGCCAAUGGAUACUCAACGCCCGAGCGGGAGUCUCGCUAUGCCGAGUGAUCGAGACCUGCCUGCCUCGCUACACAUUUCUCCGGCUGGCAGAGUCUGCAGUCUAACGACGGCAACGCCCCGCUGUCUAAAUCCAGAGAUCAACGUGUCACAAUACCCAAGGGAUACCCUGCAAUGUGUCCAUGUGAAGACAGUGAGCCUGAUGUUCCCAACGCAGCGUCUAAUCAAGGAUUGGACAAGGUUGCUAAACGGAAUGACAAUUGAAAACGACCCCUACACAAACAUAUAAAUCUCCCACGCGUAACUGCGCCUUAGCCGCAGCAGUAAGUGAAGCAGGGGCAGCUUUCUUUCUCUGUUUUGUGAACGAAGCCAUGGUUGACGAUACGAAGACGCAUUAUCUGCUAGCUUAACGUAGACAGUGCUGAACUUUGGAGUCACUGUGCAGUAAUUAGCUACUGACAUCGUAGUACGUACUAUGUUCAAGCUGCGCAGAUAAACGACAAGCUUUCGUUCCUUCCUGAUGGCUGCGAGAAGGUUUGAGACGUAAUAAUUGUU